CCGUCUCAUCAAUACCCGAAUGAAACCCUCAUCUACUAUGGGUACAUCGGGUGUGCCCUGAUGUAUCCUUCUGUUGCCAUCUCGCUUCGUACACUCGCUGCCUACCGUCAGUCGCACCGAACGUGUCCCCAGUUCAGUAUCCAAUCACAAUGCAAGACUUUAUGUUACCUUCACGAUAUUCCAUAUUGGCCAUACUUAAAAAUGCAAUUCUCAGCAGCCUAUGACAUUUUUCUAGAAAUCCUCCAUCGCAUCAACCAGCAUGUGCGUCAGGCGCUCAAACAGGAUACCGUCAACUGGUGUAUGUUAAACACAUGCCCUGCAUGCUUUUACAAGCUCAACGAUGAACCUGCCCUCGAUUUUGAAUGGCUGGUAUCAAUUGACAGUAACAAUAGCCUGAAGCGAUGGGACUCGUCCAUCUAUGGUACCACCGCCCGAUCUGAUUCUCGCACAGCUCGUUCGGAUUAUUGGAUUCAUGCUGACGCUGUUGACAAGUUUGAGAAUGAAGUCAAAUCCCGA